AUGGUCGAAGCGUGCACCCACGAGGACUCGAAUCUCGGGAAGGUGUGCGACGAGAAGGGCUACCACUACGAGCGGCUCGGCCUCUUCAACGAGAACGACCUCAGCAAGCCGCAGGGCUACCACAAGGCGAAGUUCCUGCUAGACGAGAAGCGCCCGGAGCUCUUCGUCAGUACACCACCCUGCGGUCCAUGGUCGAUAAUGCAGAACGUCAACCAGCGCAACGAUCAACAGAAGGAGAACCUUCGCAGGAAGCGGCUCAAGAGCCAGCGGAUCUUCGAGAACAACAAGAGGCUCAUCGAGCACCAGGUGCUCAACCUGAACGGCUCGGCCCUCGCCGAGCAGCCCCACAACAGUCGGUCGUGGCAGAAGACCUGCUGGAAGGAUCUCCACAAGAUCCUACCGUACGAGGUGAUCGUGGAUGGCUGCGCCUGCGGACUACGAGCCCCUGACACGGGCGAGCUCAUGAAGAAGCGCUGGAAGUUCCUGACGAAUGACAGGAGGAUCUGGGUAGCCCUACAACCUCUACAGUGCCGUGGAGGACACUACCACGAGGAGAUAGAGAGCAGCUUGAGGACCGAGGCCUCGGGCUCCUACCCCAAGAUGCUGUGCCGCCGGAUCCUCAGGGCUCUGACCAAGAGCCAGAACCAGAACUACUUCGAGGACGAGGUUGUGAACUGCCUCUGCAUGGCAGCUACCCAGCAGCCACCGGCAGAGCCUACGCCAGAGGAGGACGAGCCGACUCUUCCACCACGAGACGGCAAGGAAGCGCACAACCUCACCAACGAGACGGUCAAGAAGCUCGAGAGCUACAUCAGAUUGGUGCUAUUUGACGCUUUCUCGUGGAUCCGUCGCAGCACGAACACGAACGUGAUGGCGCUGGCGAUCAUCGACGCCGGCUCGGACAUCCUCUACGUGCGGCUGAUCGACGAGAAGCCGAUCCCGGGUACGACUCGACAAGUUCGUGCCGGCGACCUUCGGCAUAUCUUUGCUACAAAAUGGUUCCCCUGGAUGGGACGCCCGAAGGUCAUGCGCUACGACCCUGCCGGCAGCGCCAUCUCCGACGAGUUCCGCGAGUGGAUCGAGAGCCAGGGAGAGGCCCUCGACGCUUUCGACGAGAUGGUCUCAGCCGAAGUACCCACCAGCGAGAUGUUCGGACUCCAGACAGCGGCCAGGAACGACCUGAUCAGGAUCGACGGGUUCAGCCCGCUGCAGCGCUAUGCGGGACGGACGCCGACUGGGACGACAGUCAACCUGUCGGACGAGCCGAACAACCUGCCGCUCAUCAGUGCCGAGCUGCAGGACGGUACCUUCAGCAGGGACGGCCAGGUACGACGGAUGGCGCGGCUGGCUCACAUCCAGACCGAGAACUCUGACCGAGUUAAGCGAGCGGAGGCCGCGCGCUUCAGGUCCUUCAAGAAGUACGAGACGGGCGAUCUAGUUUUCGUCUACAGACGGCUCCCACCAGGGGCCUGGCGCAAGAAGGGACAGCCUCGCUCAAUGCCUGGGCGAGGACGCUGGUACGGACCUGGACGAGUACUUUGUCACGAGCCAGCGAGCUCGGGACACCGACCUGGUCUACCUGGGACGGUGGUCAAUAUCACACUGGCUGGCCGCCUCUACCGAGUUGCUCCCGAACAACUUCGACCUGCCACGCCUUCUGAGGAGGCGAUGGACUCCCUACGCUCGCGCCGCGAGCAGCCGGGGACCUGGACCUUCGGCGAUGUCCAGAAGCAGCUCGACACUAACGAAGUGAUCGACUUGUCGAAUGAGUCCCCGCCUACUGGCGAGGAUUUGGCCGCUGAUGACGGUGAAUCGGUCAGCGCCCGCACCUUCGAGAGCAACGCAAGCGGACCCUGGGCCAUUUCUGAGGACUGGAAGAGCGACCUCUACCUGGACCGCGACCUCCCAGACGUAUCAGCUGAGCAGCCCAUCGAGGAGGAGAUCGUCAUGGAAGCCCCUCCCGGCGACGACCAGGAGGAGCGCGCGUCGCAGCGGCCCAUCGUGGCGGAGACUGACGAUGACCUCGACGAUAUCUCAGCGCCCGACGUGAACGAUAAGCGCCGGAUCCGAGAGCCCGGCACAACCGAGCCCCCGGCUAAGAAGCAGCGGGUCAACGCUGCGACCCAGGAGGCCUUCUCCUACUACCUGCAGGAGGGUAACUUCUACAGCGACUAUGCCUACAGUGUCCAGCAGUACGACGAUAUGAAGGAGAACGACGAACUCAUCGUGCUGGACAUCCCUGUCAGCAACGAGCAUGCGUUCAUGGCCUACAUGGACGACCCCAGCAACUUCGUGGCAUCGCAGGCCCGCAAGGGCCGAGUGGAGGUCUCAUUUAAGAAGGCGACGCCUGAGGAGAAGAAGCUGCUACUCGAGGCCCAGCAGAAGGAGUGCACCUCAGUCCUCAGCACGAAGGCCGUCAGGAUCCUCAGCCGACAGGGGAUCGACCCGGCGCGCCUGCUGCGCUGCCGCUUCGUGCUGACCUGGAAGAAGGACACGCUCAAGACGCUGCAGCUGGAGGUGAUACAGUGCGAGCCGUGCGUCUGGGUCAUUCGAGACGGCACGAAGCUGGUCGGCAUGGUUAUCCUACACGUCGACGACAUGAUGAUCGCAGGCGACCAUCACAACUCGGCCUUCCUCAAGAAACGACAGAAGAUACAACAGGCCUUCGAGUGGACACCUUGGGAGAGCCGAGCGUUUGUGCAGUGCGGCAUCAGUAUUCGACAGAAUGAGGACUACACCUGCAGUCUCGCACAGGACAGCUACAGCCUGAACGUGGAGCCCAUCAAGAUACGACGUGGACGCAAGCCCACGGAAGGAGUUUCAGACAAAGAGAGAUCAGAUCUACGAGGCCGACUUGGUACAGUCGGAUGGCGAGCUCAGCAGUCGGCCCCGUGGCUCAGUGCAGAAGUCUCUCUACUUCAAGCGGAGAUACCUACGGCGACGGUCUCUACCAUCCAGAAGAUCAACAAGCUGAUCCGCACCAUGAAUGACACUGCCGACGUGGUCAUGCUCAUCCCGGCCAUCGAGCAGAUCGCUGUGGUUGGCUGGGGCGAUGCUGCCUGGGCCGCUCGUAUCACUGGCGAGUCCCAGGGUGGCGAGAUGAUCGUGCUGGCACCACUGUCUUUCCUGAGUGGCUCGACAGAGACGGUAGCGCCUAUCUCAUGGAGAUCAUGCAAACUACCGCGAGUGGCCAGAAGCAGUACGAGUGCGGAGGUUCAGAUGAUGACAGAGACCCUCGACGAGAUCAGCUACGUGCGCCUGUUCAUCUACGAGCUGGAGUGCGGCCAAGUGGACUACACCAACAAGCAACACGUGAACGACGCCAUCUCAUCCUGCCCUGGCGUACUGGUCACAGACGGUAAGUCGGGCUACGACGCGAUCGAGAAGAGCGAAUCAGCUGGUCUCGGCCUACGCGAUAAGCGGACGAGUAUCGAGUGUCUAGGCAUUCGACAGCAGAAGGAGCAGACGGCCCUCCAGAUACGCUGGGUCCACAGCGAUGCCAUGCUAGCCGACGGCCUCACCAAGGAUCGAGCCGCCAAGGUCUUGCUGGAGUUCUUCCGGUCAGGUCAGCGCUGGAGACUCGUGGACGACCCCCUGCACCGCAGUGCUAGGAAGCGCAAGACCGAGGGCAUGGACAGGCUGGACCACGGCAAGCCGUUAUCAGCAGAUGACGAUGAAGCUAUGCUGGAGGCCCUGAUCUACUUCGCUCGCGACAAUCCCUACGAUCAGAAGACCCCUGUCGGAGAUAUAGCCCUUUGGGGCACUGUGAAGCCUCUCACGCGCUCUGUGCUUUCUGUGAAUUCAGUUGCCAGAG